UGAAAAGGACUCCAAAAUGGCGGCCGAGUCAAACUUGUCCGCCGUUCUCUAUGGAAAGGACGACUUGAGGCUGGAACACCGAGAUAUCAAGUUACCUGGUGAAAAUGAGGUGCAGAUAGCCAUGCGUUCCGUCGGGAUCUGCGGUUCGGAUGUGAAGUACUGGACGCACGGGAAGUGCGGCCGGUUUGUGCUGGAUGAGCCCAUGGUGAUGGGACACGAGUCCAGCGGCACGGUGGUGGCAGUGGGGAGGGGAGUCACGCACCUAGCGAAAGGAGAUCGUGUGGCCAUUGAGCCCGGCGUCCCCUGCAGGACAUGUAGAAUCUGCAAGGAGGGGCGAUACAACCUGUGCGCCGACAUGAAAUUCUGCGCCACGCCUCCUGUACACGGGUCUCUGUGCCGAUUGUACAACCACGCUGCCGACUUCUGCUACAAGCUUCCCGCUCACGUGAGUUUUGAGGAGGGCGCCAUGUUGGAGCCGCUGUCCGUGGCUGUGUACACCUGCCAGCGGGGGGAGGUCAGGGUGGGCAGUAAGGUGCUGAUCUUCGGGGCAGGACCGAUCGGCCUGCUCUGUCUGCUGGUCGCCAAGACAAGAGGAGCGAGCUCCGUGGCCAUCACGGACAUCGACGAUUACCGACUGGCUGUUGCUAAGGAGUAUGGUGCAGACCACGUGAUCAAGGUUGCGACCAAUGACAGCCAAGCCCUUGCACGAACGAUAGCAGAUGAAAUGGGAGGCCAGCCUGACGUGUCUUUGGAGUGCAGCGGCGUGGACAGCAGCUUUGUCACUGCGAUCUACGCUACCCGGUCGGGUGGUGUGGUGGUCCUGGUGGGUCGAGGGUCGCUGGAUGUGGACGUGCCCAUCGUGAACGCUGCAGUCCGGGAGGUGGACAUCAGGGGCGUCUUCAGAUACUGCAAUAACUACCCACAAGCCCUGGCCAUGGUAGCCAGUGGACAGAUCGACACCAAGCGUCUCAUCACCCAUAACUUCACCCUGGAGGACAGCCUACAGGCGUUCCACACUGCCAACUCACGCCAGUCAAGGGCAAUCAAAGUCAUGAUCAACUGUUCAUAAGAAGCAUACAGCCAGGUCGUUGACAGUGUUACAGAUUUUAAUUGUUGCAAUACUGAAGUUAUAUAUAUAAAAACUAUGUCUAACAUUCCAGAUGAUGGGAUCCAACAAAAAUCAAACUUAUAAAGUGCAUUUGAAUUCAAGUAGUAAGCUUUCAACUUGGUCGUUGACUUGUUAUGCAAUUGUUGCAA